UUUUCAGAAGCUGAACUGUAAAUAUGACAGAAUGUGUAAUUUAAUGAUAUUUUUUGACUCUUAAAGUUUUUAAGUAUAACAUUCAGUUGAUUUAUCAUUUAUAAAUACAAUUUUUUUUAGUGUUACAAUAAUACAUUUGGUUGUGAUUUUCAUCAAGCCUUCAUCUUCAAAGAAAAUUCAUCGAAAAAUAUUUAAUCAAUCAACUAGCGAUUCUUCAGUGACUCAAGAUUUCUACAUAAUAUAGAUGAAAAUGCGCUUUUGAAUGAUGAAUAAUUAACCUAAAUGUGGUGAAUAAUUAAAAACUACAGCAGCUAUCAUCUAGUCUAAAAAAAUUCAACAUGGGUAUUAUUUAUUUUCCAGAAGUCGAGCCUCCUCCUCGCCUGCCAUGGACGCAGCGCAUUUGCUACGGGGUAGGCCAUUCCCUCAACGACCUAUGCGCCUCCAUGUGGUUCAGUUACCUCAUCGUCUAUCUACAGCUGGUGCUCGGGUUCGAUUCCAACUAUGCGGGAUUCGUACUGCUUGUUGGUCAAGUGGCCGACGCUAUAGCCACGCCUCUACUAGGAUAUGAAUCCAGCGGCAACAAAGAAACAGCCCUCUGCAAGCGUUACGGGAAAAGAAAGUUCCUUCACUUGAUAGGCACAGUGUGUGUGAUGUUAAGUUUUCCCUUCAUCUUUACCGUGUGCCCCGGGUGCGAGUCAGCCAGUCAAUUCGCCCUCACCCUCAUGCUCAUCCCUCUGGUCAUCAUCUUCCAGAUUGGCUGGGCGGCGGUGCAGGUCUCACACCUCUCCCUCAUCCCUGCCAUCACCCCUCACGAGACUGAGAGAGAUUUCCUCAACGUACUCAGGUAUGCUAUAAACAUUAUAUCAGAUAUUGGCACAUAUGUAGUCGUGUGGUGCGUAUUUGAUUUAACAAGAAGACCUACCGGAAGCCAUAAUGUUAUUACAGGAGAUUAUGCUAAUAAAUUUAUGAUGAUCGCACUAAUCAUAGUUGGAAUAGGUGCUGUAUUUUCCAUCAUCUUCCACAUAGGGGUGAAGGAAAUAGUGUCCACGCCUCUUUCUUCCUCAGAGAACAGUCUGGAGAAAGACAGUCUCGCACUUUCAAACCCGGCUUUCUCAUUUUUCCCUACCAACUUAUCCUGGAGAGGAUGGAUGAGGGAGUCACAUUUCUAUCAGGUUGGACUACUGUAUAUGUGCACGAGGCUGUUUCAAAACAUGAGUUUAGUGUUCAUGCCUUUGUAUCUACAAGAAUCUCUGCGCGCAAAUGAUGAUUUUAUUGCUAAAAUUCCUCUUGUGAUGAAUGUCAGCGGUUUCGCCAUAUCAUGCUGCCUCCCUAAAUUCUUCAAAGUGUUUAGUAAAAAGGUAACUUUUCUAGGCGGUGCUUCGUUGGGGAUCGGAGCUUGUGUUUGGAUCACAAUUGGCGCUGGCCCCACGUAUGUUAGUCAGGGUGUGUACGGCGUAGGAGUGCUUAUGGGGGCAGCGUCUUCAUCCCUGGUCAUUUGUGCACUUUCCUUCAUUCAUGAUCUCAUAGGGACGAGUGUGGAAAGUGCCGCAUUCGUGUACGGUGCCAUGAGCUUCUGGGACAAGAUCGCGAAUGGCAUUGUGGGAAUGAUUAUUCAGCAUCUGCAUGCUGUGAGUUGCACAGAUUGUGACUGGUUCUAUCGAAAUGUCAUGUCCUAUGGAGUUGGCGGAGUCGGAAUUCUUGCGAGUAUUGUUAUAACGACUCUUCUACCAGCCAAUUUGGGUGAAAGGCAGUCGGUUCAUAAUGGUGCCGUCCUGGCUCCAAAGAAAGAAGUCAUCAAUCACAGUUCUUCGACAGAAAGCCAACCAUCAAAUGAGAAUCAGCCACUUCUACCACACUAGUUUCGUGAAGAAUUUUCACAAAGUUGUUUCUGCUUUUUUUUUUCUAUUAUUUCCUUUGAAUUAGACGAAGACUAUUAAAACGGAUGUCCAGAUUAGCAAGCAGAGAAAUAAUAUUAUUUCAGAAUUGAAUCAAUUGAGUAUUUGGAAUAUUAAAUGCAAACUGAUAGCACACAAGAAUUUAUUUAUUCAUGGCCACAUUGUUGUGAACGAUGUAAUAAUAUUUUACAUCUGUUUUCAGAUAGAUGAAUGUAGAGUUUUGCUUGGAAAAAUAUCCAUAUUUUACAUCUGUUUUCAGAUAGAUGAAUGUAGAGUUUUGCUUGUCAAAAUAUCCAUAUUUUGCAUCUGUUCUCAGAUAGAUGAAUGUAGAGUUUUGCUUGGCAAAAUAUCCAUAUUUUACAUCUGUUUCCAGAUAGAUGAAUGUAGAGUUUUACUUGGCAAAAUAUUCAUACUUUACAUCUGUUUUCAGAUAGAUGAAUGUAGAGUUUUGCUUGGCAAAAUAUCCAUAUUUUACAUCUGUUUUCAGAUAGAUGAAUGUAGAGUUUUGCUUGGCAAAAUAUCCAUAUUUUACUUCUGUUUUCAGAUAGAUGAAUGUAGAAUUUUGCUUGUCAAAAUAUCCAUACUUUACAUCUGUUUUCAGAUAGAUGAAUGUAGAGUUUUGCUCGGCAAAAUAUCCAUUUUUAAAAUUUCAAGAAAAACUCUUUUCAAAUGAGAGCUUUAAAAUGUGCUACGAACUUAUUUCUGGGAUUAUUUUUAGCUGGAAGAACUUUUCCUUCCGUUUACUGCAGAAUUGAUUUGUUUUUCAAUGAAAGACAAGUGCUUUACAAUGAAAUAUUGUUUCACAUUUUUUUACAACAGUUUUUAAGAAAGUUUACAGUAGUGUGUUGCCAUUUGGGUAAACUUACAGAUUGACACUGCUUCUUUAGACCUAUGAUUUUUACUAUAAGAAGAGUAUUUGAAGGCAAUUUCACUUUGAAAAAACAUCAAGCAGCAGGCUUGAUAAUAAGCUGAAUGAUAAAAAAAAAUCUUUGUAUUCUGUUCACGAGCAAUUUAAACUAAAAUGUGUUCAAUAAUUUACAAAUAUUCUGUGUUUUAUAUGUU